UCAGCUCAUACAAACACAGACUCGUGAAGGCUCCUUUGAGAUUAUGAUUGUUAUCGGGCACUAAGUUUUGUAGAGCUGUUGCCUCUUUGAUUGAUAUCGAUCUUGUGUCCUCUGCCACCUUUCCUUCGCAUCGAUCUCCCCUGUCCAGAGGAGGGAGGAGGAUAGAUUGAUCAUUGAUGGAGACAUGUUGAGGUAGGGAGUUGGCGAAUACAUGUUGUAUAUAUAGAAACGGGAGGAGGAGAACAAACCAAAGUUUGGAUUUUGCGAGAGAGAGAGAGAGAGAGAGAGGUGAGAAAGGAGCGAUUUUGAACAAGCCAGAGAGCCAAAGAUCUGAUUUUGAACAUGGAAGGUGUGUGGGAUCUCAACGACGCUGCGUCGGGGGCACAGGACGGCUCCUCCCCGAUGGCCUCCGUCGAUAUCGGAUACCGCGGAGAUGUCGUGGAGAACCACGGGUUCGGAUCCUCUGCAGUCGUCGUCGAGGCGUCCGAAGAGCGGGAGGACGACGGCGUCGCCGGGAGGAUCUUCGGGUUCUCCUUCUCUGGCCGCUGUGGCGAGAGCCCCUCUGCUGGGAGCAAGCUCGCCGUCGUGACUCAGCAGCUCGUUGCUUUCGGCGAUGCGGAAGGGGCUGGAGCCGGCGGGAGCUGCUCGGCGCCGCAGCCUCGCGGCCACCUGAUUGAAGACGGGAUCUGGCAGUCGUCGGAGCCGGUGGGGGCCGGAAUGGCGACGGAGGCGCCGCCACCCUUGAAGAAGAGCAGGCGAGGUCCGAGGUCAAGGAGUUCGCAGUACCGGGGGGUGACCUUCUACCGGAGGACCGGGCGGUGGGAAUCCCAUAUCUGGGACUGUGGAAAGCAAGUCUAUUUGGGUGGAUUUGACACUGCAUAUGCAGCAGCAAGAGCUUAUGACCGAGCUGCAAUUAAGUUCCGCGGGAUGGACGCAGAUAUCAAUUUUCGUUUGGAUGACUAUGAGGAGGAUAUAAAACAGAUGGGCAAUCUGAACAAGGAGGAGUUUGUUCAAGUAAUUCGGCGCCAGAGCACUGGGUUUCCUCGAGGAAGCUCGAAGUACCGGGGAGUCACUUUGCACAAAUGUGGGAGGUGGGAGGCCAGAAUGGGCCAGUUUUUGGGCAAAAAACAUGUGUAUCUGGGACUUUUCGACACUGAAAUUGAAGCUGCCAGAGCUUAUGACAAGGCUGCAAUCAAGUGUAACGGGACGGAUGCAAUGACUAACUUCGAUCCUAAGAUCUAUGAGGAUGAGCUUGGUAUUCAGACUAAUCAUGUCGAGCAUAAUCUUGAUCUGAGCUUGGGGAGGUCAGGCUCAGGCUCGAAAAGAAAUAAACUUGAGAUAAUGGAUGAUGAAGGUUCCAAUGUUGUGGAUCAGCAACUUCCCAUGGCCUUCGAGUCGGAGUGGAAUCGUGACACGAGAUUAAAGUUCGAUGACAAGCUCAAGCUGCCUGAAAGAAAGGAUAGCAGUAGCAGCUUCACUCAAUCUCCAGGUCUGUCAAAGGCAAAUGAGACGUUCAACUAUGUGCCAGUCCAAACAACCAUCAAGAUGUCCUCGGCUGUCGAGAUCAUACCUCAGCAGAUUAAUCGUUCUAAGUAUCAUCAGCAUUUCGGCAGCAUCAAUGAAGAAAAGACCAGCAAUUGGCUUUCGUUAUCUAGUGGUGGAGAGCAACAACAGAGGCUUUUAGGUUGGGAACAAAGCAUGGAAAUUAGAUAUCAUAUUCCCAAUUGCUUGCCACCGCUAAUUCUGCAGCAUCAUCAGGAUUCGCAAGACAGAUAGCAAAACUGCCCCUCCAACAUGCAGCAUAAGAAUGGCUUGUCAUCUAUCGAACUUGGUUGAAACAAUGCACCCAUUUGAUGAUGUGAUCUAAUGCCUCUGUUGUCACAGCACCCACGUUGUCACUGUUUUCUUUCAGCUUUAACUCAAAGAACCUCACAAUGCCCCAUCAAACUUGUUUAGCUACUUUUGUGAGUAGAUGACACAGCAUUCAGGAGCUGAGGCUGUGGAAUGAAUCAAAGUUGCGAAAUGAAGAGCGGCUGGCACCUUUCCAAAGAGGAUCCCUCUCUCUUCCUUUUAUUUGUCAAGCUGUAGUUACUCUUAGUGCUAAUUGAUCUGUUUGUUCCUGUAUUUUGUUAUGGAUAAGUAAUAGUUUGAGCAACUAUGAAGAGGCUACAAUGUGUGUAGAUUUGGAGAUUUUGCCAAGUGAAACAAAUGUAGCUAAAAAUAUUGGUGGUAACUCAGAGAUAAUGAUGAGAGGAAGAUCACAACUCCAUGUGUAUCAUGCAUGCUAUUUUGGUCAUUUAGUGCUUUCUUUGUGUUGCAUUAUGCCAAAUCACUCUGGGUUUCAUUCAAGUUGCAUCAUAUGUCCAGAUUGAAUCUUUCUUUUCUUUUCCGGCUAACAGUCGGUGAACGAAGAUGAGAUUUAUCAAUGAUCAGAUAAGAAGGUUCUUUGUUGCAUUAAGUUUGGAUGUGCACAUCUUUUGGCCUUGGCUUACUAAUGAAGCAUGUGUAAUAUUAUGAUGUUAUCAGGAUAAGAAACAUGCCCAAUCUUGAAGAGCUCCUUCCUUGAGGGUGAGAAGAAGAAAUUAAAGAGAAGAACCCACCUUGAUUCAGAAGUGACCAAAGUAAUCUGCCUUAUGUUGGAGGACACUCAGAUCACACAAGAGCUGAACUGCAGUUUGGGAAGAACAAAAACUUCACAGGAACAUGAGUAGAUAGAUAAAUGGCUUGGAGUUGGUUUUAGGUUAGGUCAACUGCAUGUGUAACUUCAAGCUAACUAGGAAGGACAUGUUAAUUGUGUGGAAAUAUACAUGCCAAGAGGCACUAAAGAUUAAGAAUAUUGUUGGCACUUACAUUAUAUGUUUUGUUCAUAUGCAAUAUCUUUCUUUC